AUGUUGACGUUACUAUUUGUUGGCGCUUCGACACUACAAGUUGAAAUAUUACGCACAGAGGUCCAACAAUUAGAGCAACUCAUAUUGCUCAACAUGCAGGACAAUGAAAAAACAGUCAAAAAACAUUUUGCCAAAAUCAUUGACUUGCAUAAUGAUGUUAUAGAGUAUGCUAGUAAUGCUGAAUAUAUGCUAAGCUUUCAGUAUUUCCUCGAUGUAACAACUCUGACGGUGCUAGUUGUCAUUGCUUUGUUCUACGCACGUUUGGCCAACUGGAUUCCUGGAUAUGUUCUAGCUGUUGUUGUACUAUUUGCUGCCCUAUUGAAUUAUGGACUUGGAGAAUUAAACAGCAUACAGUUGCACAAACUACAAAAUGAUAUUUACAAUGUUUCGUGGUUUCGCAUGAGUAUUGGAAUGCAAAAGAUGCUUUUAAUAUUUUUGCAAAAAAGUUCAACAAAUACGUUUUUCACUUGUGGUGGUUUAAGACCUAUCAACGUCGAUCUCUUUGCAUCGUUCUGCAACUCUGUUUAUUCUUAUUUGAUAAUUAUUGACAAUAUGCAAGCCAAAAUUGGAAUUAAAGCAUAA